AUGCAUGUGUGCGGCCGCGUUCUAUGAUUAUUAUAAGCAAAAUUCGGAGGAGGGUAUGUAUCUAGGUUAUGUCUCUGCAGUAGGCGAGCCGGUGAAAAUGGCGCCGGAGAUAGAGGGAGUAGUCGCUAAGUACCCUGAUCUAUUUGAAGAGCCAAAAGGGGUUGUUGAGAGGGAGAUCGUUCACGCGAUAGAGAUUAUCCCAGGGUUUAGUAUUCCGAAGGGUAGGAUCUAUCGGAUGUCUCCAACCGAGCUCGAUGAGCUUCGCCGACAACUCAAGGAACUCAUAAAGAAGGGUUGGAUCCGGCCGAGCGUUUCCCCUUACAGGUCUCCUGUCUUAUUUGUACCGAAGAAGGGGGGAACCUUGAGGAUGUGCAUUGACUAUAGGGGCCUCAAUGCCAUCACUGUCAAGAACAGAGAGCCCCUACCGCGCAUCGAUGACUUGUUGGAUCGAGUGCAGGGGUGUCGGUACUUCAGUAAGAUAAAUCUGAUGUCCGGGUACCAUCAGAUUGCAAUACGGCCCAAGGAUCAACACAAAACCGCUUUUCAGACCAGGCACCGUAUGUACGAGUUUGUGGUGAUGCUUUUCGGCCUUUGCAAUGCUCCUGGCACCUUUCAGCACACAAUGAACCGGAUAUUUCAUGACUACUUGGAUAAGUUUGUCAUCGUGUACCUUGAUGAUAUACGUAUCUUCAGUAGGAUUGUCGAGAAGUACGUUGGUCAUUUAGACAAAGUCCUUAGUCUCCUUCGGCAGCACAAGUUCAAGAUCAACGGCGAGAAGUGCGAGUUUGACCGCACCCGUAUCUUGUACUUGGGUCAUGAGAUUUCCGCAGAGGGAUUGAAGCCCGAUGACGUGAAGGUGGCCAGCAUUCGUGAUUGGCCGCGUCCUCAGUCUAUGACUGAGAUGAGGUCCUUCUUAGGGAUGACCGGCCACUACUGCAAUUUUGUUAAGAACUAUAGCAUAGUGGCCGCCCCUUUGACGGACCUGACUCGCCUUGACACCCCGUGGGAGUGGACAGACAGGCCCGGUGAAAGCCUGUCCAUGGACUUCAUGGACACGCUGGUCACCAGCAAGAGUGGAAUGCGAUAUGUCUAUGUCAUUGUGGAUAGGUUUAGUAAGUAUGCCAGGUUAGUCGCAAUGCCUGCAACAGCCAAGACUGAGUACGCAAUCAAGUUGUUCAAGGAAAACUGGGUCAGAGAUUUUGGAUUACCAAAGUCUAUCGUGAGUGACCGGGAUGUGCGUUUUACUAGUGAACUGUGGAAAGCUGCAGCUGCAAAACAGGGUACACAACUGCAGAUGACCUCCGGGAACCACCCAGAGGCAAACGGGCAAGAAGAGCAGCUGAAUCGCGUUGUACAACACCUGUUGAGGAACUACAUUAAGCCCAACCAGGUGGACUGGGAUGAGAAACUGGCUCUCAUCGCCAGCCUGUACAACAAUGCUGUGCACUGCGCAACAGGGGUGAGUCCAAACAGCCUGCUGCUGACAUUCAAGGCUAGACAGCCUCUAGACUUCUUACUACCUGAGAAUCAACCGACAGCUGCACCUGGUACAUUAGAAUUUGCUUACCGAUAUGAACAGUUGAUGCAGCAAGUUGUAGAACAGAUGCACAGGGCACAGGCGGCGAUGAUAGAGUCUGAGAAACAAGCACCGCCGCCCAUCUACAUUCCAGGUAUUGCGGUUCCGUCUUACAAUGGUUAUUUGGGGGGAGGAGGUUAUUUGGGAAAAAGGGUUACGACUAUUGAGGAUGUCGUUGGGAAGAUGAAGGUAAAACAUGAUGUCGAUGAAGCUACGGAAAAGGCAGCCCGAGAGGAAGAGGAGCAGAGGAAACGCAAACGUGAGGAAGAAGAGCGUCGUCAACAUGACAAGAAGGAACAUUAGGAGUUUUAAGCACACGAGGUCAUUGGAAGAAGAACGUGGAGAGUGAGGAGGUUACCAAGUUGAAAGUGGGAAUAGAGGAGCUUCAAAAGCGGCCCUGUGUUGCUAGCACAUGUACUGAUGUGACGAAACUUCCAACAGAGGAAGUAGCCGAUCUUCGAGGUGAACAAGCAGAAAUGAAGAAAGCAACAGAGC